AUGCAGCACUACAGUACAAUUGAAACAGAUCUCAAUCGUCUCCGGAGUCAGUACCGAUCUUUGGAGCGAAGGCUUGAAGAGCUUGAAAUGGAUGACGAUAUGUCGGUCGUAGACAACAUGCGGAAAAGUCUGGACGAACUCAAUAAUCAGUUGGCUGAGCUUGAGGAGGAGUUCGCGAAACUUGAAGAGAGCAAUUCGCAAAAAGAGAGCGAAAUUCAAGACAUAAAUGAAGGACUACAAGCUUUGAGAGCUGAUUUUGCUGAGGUUAAAAGGAAGAUUGAGGAAUUGGAGAAUGAAGAAGAGGACAUCUUGGACAAGGCAAGGAGCAUAGAUGCGACUAUAGAUUCGGAUAAGAGAAGACUGCAACGGAUCGAAGAUUCUUUGAAAAGCAUGGAGACUUCUCGCAAAGAACUAGAAGAAGAGAAAACGAGUGCGGAAGAGAGGGUUGGUUUGCGAUACCUGUUUCUUUUUUGA